GCUCAGGCGCAGGGCGCCGCCGCCAGGGCUGUAGGCGCUGAGUCCAUGUCCGACUUGCGGGUCCCGAACUCCGCCUCGGGCCAGGGCCCAGGGGGCCGCCGGAGGUCCUGGGCCGAGCUGCUGGCGGGAAGGCUCAAGAGGCAGAAAUACAAUCCUGAAAGGGCACAGAAAUUAAAGGACUCAGCUGUGCGCCUCCUGCGACGCCACCAGGACCUGAAUGCCCUUUUGCUUGAGGUAGAAGGUCCACCGUGUAAAAAAUUGUCUCUCAGCAAAUUGAUUGACUGUGAUAGUUCUGAGGCCUAUGCUAAUCAUUCUAGUUCAUUUAUAGGCUCUGCUUUGCAGGAUCAGGCCUCAAGGCUGGGGGUUCCCGUGGGUGUUCUCUCAGCUGGGAUGGUUGCAUCGAGCGUGGGACAGGUCUGCACGGCUCCAGCGGAGACCAGUUGUCCUGUGCUGCUGACUGUGGAGCAGAGAAAGAAGCUGUCUUCCCUGUUAGAGUUUGCUCAGUAUUUACUGGCACACAGUAUGUUCUCCCGUCUUUCCUUCUGUCAAGAAUUAUGGAAAAUACAGAAUUCUUUGUUGCUUGAAGUGGUGUGGCAUCUUCAUGUACAAGGCAUCGUGAGCCUGCAAGAGUUGCUGGAAAGGUAGCAUACUAAUGAUGAUUCAGUGUUACUGUUUUUGCAAUCUAGUCUAGUAUAAAUUAUAUUUCAUAAGCCCAAAAUCAGACGGGUUUCAUUUUUGGCUUUGAAAUAUAAGUUAGACUAGAUUGCAUGGCGUAUUUAUACUAGACUAGA